CACACGAUCAGCUCCUACUUGCACGAGCAGCUGAUUUACUAACAUUUUAAUAAUGGUUUUAAGCACAUUGUUAUAAUAAAAUCUAUUUUUAUAAAUCAUGUAUUUCAUAUAUGUUAAAUUAAAAUUUCGUUCUGAGAUCGAUAUUUAGUAAAAGUUCCUACAAAUAUAAAGGACACAGGGAAAGGCUUAGCUGGGCUGAAAGUUAUUUUUGCUAACUAAGAAUCAUUGCCAUGCAGAAGUGGUGGUUCCUAGAGGACCCCAGCAACCAAGAAAAACGCGACGCCUUCGGCAUGGGUCGUGAAGAAUCAAAUGGUAGUUCCCGCAUAACAUCAGGGAGCUACCAAGAACGAACAUGGCUGUUCAGAUGCCAAGCCGAUGUCCAGUUAGGAGAAAUUGUGUGUAUUACGGGUGACUGUGAUGCUUUAGGUAAUUGGGAAUUUGAAAAGUGUGUAGAACUAAUUCAAGAAUGUGGCACAAACAUUUGGUCAAGACGAAUUAGUGUUCCUUUGAAACAGACAGUCAGGUUUCGGUACUGUAUUGUGGCUGUAGACAGCAUUGAUCCUAAUAGAUAUUAUGUUAGAAGGUGGGAAACAAUACAUAUACCUAGAGCUAUUGAGUGUUACAAUCAGCAAGAUUUAGAAAAUGUUGAGUUGCAUACAUUCGGCACUUAUAAUGGACAGACUAGGGAAGAUAAAGGAUGGUUGACGAGCGAAGUGGCUGUGCAGUUCAAAUUGUUUGAUAAUCCUAUUCAAUUGAAGUCUAGACUGAAUGGAAGACUAUGCUAUGUUAAGGUAACUCCGGUUAAUUUACGCUUCGGCACCGAGGGCCGCACCAUGAUGUCUGCCUUGGAGGAGUCCCUUACCGGUGACAGUCAUGAUGUCGUUGACCAGCCCGCCAAUGUCAUCACCAAAGUGGCCACUCUCAAUCACGAAAACUUCAAAUUCGAGGAUCAGGAGCAAUUCGGAAGGCCUUACAAUAAAGACAACUGUAUGAUAUUCCAUAUGGUCAUACCGAAUCCAGAAUCGACAGCUUUCUUAGUCGAUCUGUACACGUAUAGUUCAAGAGCCAAGACCGGAGAACCUCCGCAGCAUCUUGGAUAUCACUACAUAAUGCCCGGCCAGCUCAAAAAUUCCAUUGGAAACAUAGAAGUGCCAAUAACUUGCGCGAUUAAAAACCGUCCAAUUGGAUUAAUGUAUAUAGAGUAUUUAGUUGUGAAACCUAUGCAGAAUUACAAAUGCAAUUUUGCUGUUUCCUAUGCCAAGCAUUGGACUUCUGCAUGGACUGGCCUAGAUGUGGGUCACAGGGGUCUGGGAACCUCCUUCCGUGAUAAGAAUGGUGGAUCCGUUCGAGAGAACACCAUAGCCUCUAUGAAAUCUGCAGCAGCCCAUGGAGCUGACAUGGUCGAAUUUGACGUCCAGCUCAGCAAGGAUUACGUUCCAAUCAUUUACCAUGACUUCCAAGUCUGCGUAUCAAUGAGAAAGAAAAAAUAUUAUGAAUAUAGUGAAAUGCUUGAACUACCUGUUAAAGAAUUAACACUUGAGCAAUUGCAAAAACUAAAAGUUUAUCAUGUAGUCGAAGGAAGGGAAAAUGAACAGAGGUUUUUCGAUGAAGAUUUAGAAGAACAUCAACCUUUCCCACAAUUAUCUGAAGUCUUAAAUGUUAUUGACACAAAUGUAGGUUUUAAUGUAGAAAUUAAAUGGACAAUGAGACUCAAAGAUGGCUCGUAUGAGCUGUAUAAUCCAUUUGAUAUGAAUAUGUAUGUAGAUAAGAUUCUUGAAGUUGUUCUCAAAAAUGCUGGUGAGAGGCGUAUUGUGUUCUCAUGCUUCCAUCCCGAUAUUUGUACUAUGAUACGUUUGAAACAAAAUUUGUAUCCUGUGAUGUUCCUUACACAAGGAAUGAGUGAAAAAUAUCCUCCUUAUCAUGAUGUCCGCUGUAUUAAUAUUGAAAUGGCAGUUCAACAUGCCGUUUGCCAAGAUAUUUUAGGAAUAGUUGUUAAUACUGAAGACUUAUUACGUGAUUCCUCUCAGAUAAGUUUAGCAACAGAUGCCGGCUUAGUUAUUUUUUGUUGGGGAGAAGAAAAUAAUAAUAAGGAAACUAUUCAAUAUUUGAAGAAACUUGGUCUUCAUGCUGUUAUAUAUGAUAUGCUUGAUUUAAAUAUCAACAAAACUGUAAAGGAAAGUGUAUUUUUACUUGAAACGAAAGAAUCUAAGACUAGUGAUGAAUUAUUAACUAUAAGUAUGGAACAAAAUGAUAGUAUUAUUCAAAGAGAAGCUGAACCAAUCCCCAAAAUGUUGGACUUAACCGAAGCUCGAACAUUACUGGAUAAUGUUUCUACAGCUACUUCACUUGUAUCUAUUUCUAGUAUAAAUCAACAGUGAUAAGUGUAUUUAAUUCUUACACUUUCACUUAGUGAUAAAUUGCUUGUAAUUCCAUUUAUUGUUUUUAUAUCAAAAUGUUAGUGAAUUUUAGUAACUUUUAUUUAUAUACAUAAUAAACUUUUAAAUUAUUCUUUCUAUACAAAGAUGCAUAUUAGUGCCUAAUUCAGUAUAAAAUGUAU